CUUGCUUGCCCUACCGGCCCUGACGGCAUGCCGCAAUCCACUUCAUCUUCAUCAUCUUUGGCCUUUCUGAGUUCCCAAUUGGAGGAAACUCGAGCGAACCAGAUGAAAGAGAGGUCAAAGCGAACAUUGGAGUUGAUGAAAACAGCCGUGGAAUGGAAGUCUUGGGAAGAGCUGCGGACCUUGACCAAGGCAUUCCAGGUUUACUUGAAGGAAGUUCGAGAGACAGACCAACGACGCAGAAGGGACUUGCAGACGAGUGUUUCGAGAGUUUGGGCUGCCAGACACCAGUUGGCAAAAGCAGACCGACACAAGGAUGAAGCCAUUGCACAGGCAGAGCUGUUGAGCACUGGAAAUGAUGGUUUGCGCAAUCAGCUCGAAUUCGAUGCACGCCAGUUCGUUGCUCUCCUCCAGAGCUGUGCGCAUUUGGAGAGACAGCUUGCUGAGCUUCAGAAGCUUGGCAAGUAUAAUCAGACUCCCAUUUAUGUGCGUGUAUCACACGGUGUGCAAACGCUCCACUGGCCAUUUUGGAGGCAGAGAUACCACGAGGAAGCUGAGGGAGAACAAGCUAUCGGCACGUAUGAAAGCGAAGCGCCCAGUGCUUCCUCCAGCUGUUUCGGGGCUAUGUCCAGAAUCUCGGAAGUGUCAAGUGGCUCUCGCUCAAAAGAUGCCCCCGCGCUGGGCGGUGUUGAAGCUGGAAGUGUCAACAGCACUUGUGACGAUCGCCAAUCGUCUAGCAAACAUGCAGGGCUGCAGAGGGGUUUGGUGCACUGCGAAGGUGACACCGACACACAGACUUCAGAACUUCAGACAGGCGCCCUCAAUGAAGAAAUAGAAAGCAAAGGAGCGAAAGAAGCAGUACUCACAGAAAUGGCAACAGAGGCAGUUCCAGGAAGGGCACACUGGGCACACAAUCCAAUGGAGACAGCUGCGGCACCAACGGCUGCGCAAGAGGAGGAUGACUUCGGAGGGCAGAGCCCGUUUGGCAACACACAGCUCUCUGAAACUUCCACGGUGGUGGCGAUGUCUCCAUCGGAUGCAUGGAACUCUCCGUCCAGCAAAGAUGCUCGAGUGGAAGCCCUCCGUGUGCUGUCAGCACUUGCUGAUCUGAAGAAGAAGUUACAGCUUUGCUCUGCAGCGCGGGACACCUCAUUUUCGACCACUGACGGGACCCCUGGCAGGGCCAGUCCUGGAAAUGCUCACGUGGAGGACGCCGAGGAUGUGAGCGCGAUUGAAACUGGAACAUCCCGCAGCAGUGUUGGCCACUCCUCGGCUGCAACAUUAGGAGAACCACUUCGUGGCCGAGCCAACGGCAAACUUAUUCUUGGACCACGCGUCAGCUUCGCCAGCCAAAGUCGCUGUUCGCAGGAGCAGGAAGGAGAUGGUCAGGAGUCUCCCAGCUCGCCCUUCUUGAGACCAUCUGUCCUGGCCGCAGAAGAGGCAUCCCGCUUUGCUUCCAUGAAGACUUUGCAGGCUUCAUCAGAUGCUUCACUCUGCAAGGAAGAGGCAAAAGAAGAGGAGAGCUGUGCCAAAGUCGAACCUCAGAGGAGCAGACCUCCGACAAGAUACACAGUUCACUCUGUGUCGCAGCUCGUCGGCGGAAUUCCUGGUGCUGCUGUUGCCGGUGGCGCAGUAGUGCCGACAGCUGCAUCACUCUCCCACAGGAGUGCAGGAUUCCUAGAGCAGACCCGCAAUUUCAGGCAAACUUUACCUGGCACGAUGGGCUCCCACGCCCAGAGAAGUUUACCUGGUUCGGGCACAAACAGAUCUCCACAAAGUUAUGACCGAAAUCUACAAGAGCGAGAGCUCAGCAGUGGACAGUCGGCACUUCCAGUAAUUCCUCCCUUGCCUAUGCGGCCUGAGCAUCAGCCAUCUCCAGCUGCAACAUCCAGGCAGCCUCCAGGAACAGGAGGGAAAAUUGGGGAUGUCGAGCGGAAGCCAGAUGCUUCCUAUGUCGCUACCAUCAAGCUCGUGCAGGAAUUGAACAAUCGAAAAGUUCCAACUGCAACAUCCCAAACAGAGCUUGCACGGAAGGAGGCACACCAACCAGCCACGAGCAGGGCAACAUGCCGUGAGAAACCAAUGACGCGGGACAUCAACGAAACUCCAAGGCAGAAGCAAAGAGGUGAUGAAGAACAAAGCACAAAGGCAUGCCUGUAACGCUGAGAUUACAUGGUUUAGUUUGGCCGAUGUCACUGACUUACAACUUGCAGUAGACUCACUCCGUCAAAACGACGGCAGAUAAUGCUUUGUAUGUGAAUCUCAAGGGCUCCCACUGUUCGUGGGUACCCCCCGCUUUACAGUCAAUGAAGCAG